AUGCAGCGCAUUCUCUUAGACCCAGCAAACAACCAACCCGCAACGCGCGACCUCCCCAGCGGAGUCGCGGUGCCAGAUGGGCUCCCAUCCGCAAAGGAAGUCAAAGUGCAUCCCUUCAAGUCCGGCGGUGAAAAUGCAUCAUUGUUUUUCGUUGGGACGGCGACCGUCAUCAUAGAAUGGGCCGGUAUCCGGAUCAUGACUGAUGUUAAAGCCUCCCUGCGCCGUGAUCUCCCCAUCAUCACCACCCCACACGCCCACUCGCACCUCACCAACAAAGGCGCCGACUCCUUCACCAACGUCUCCGCCCUGGACCCCUUCGAGACAGCAACCGUCGAUAUAAAGGACUCUGCUGGCCCACAACGCCAACUCCGUAUCACCGGCAUGCCCGGCAAGCACGUCCCCAGCAAUUCCAUCGCGGAAAGCCUCAACUCGCUAGCCAAUGCUGUGAGCCCCCCUUCUACACUUAGACAUCCAUCCCACAACUAA